UCUUCAUAAAAAAAUCUAGCUUAGAUCUCGAUCGUACAUACCUGUAAAUCCGCAAUCCCCCGUGUCAACAAACAACAGCUCCAUUAUUCAAACAAUAACAUCUUCAAUCUUCUUCUUCUUCUUCUUCUUCUUCUUGUAGCUCACAGAUUCAAGAAAUCUGGAUAAAAACCCUCCAUUUCACAAAUUUCCAUUAUUUCUAUAAUCAAACAUAAUCUUGUGACAUGCAGAGAAACCCAGGUUGUUCAAGUGAUGUUGAUGAUUCUCCAGCAAAUACCCAAUAUGAGGGUGAGGAAAAACCAUCGAUUUUGACUUCAAAUUUCUUCAUGGAUCAAGUUGGGGAGAUUGUUCUUACCCUUAAAUCAGAUAUGUUAUCAUGGAAUUCGUUGGAUUCGCUUUCAAAUGAGGAUAGCUCAUGCUGUUUAGGAAUACUUUAUGCUUCCAAAAGCGAUACUUUUAUCAAAAUUUCCGAGGUUUAUGCUGUCGAGUUCAUAGAUUUUGGCUUGAUACAUGAAAACCCAGGAUGCUUGUCGGGUCAUUCAUCUGAGAUGUACCGGUUCAAAGUGCAUGGUGUACAAAUGUCAAAGGGUCAACCCUCUCUUUGGACUCCAGUUGUUUACACUUUUGGUCAUGACAAUAAGGAAACAUGUAAAACGUGGGUGAAUAAAAUAAAAACGUUCCUUGGCAUCGAAACCGAUAGGCCUAAGAAUCUUCUGGUUUUUGUUAACCCGAUGAGUGGAAAAAGAAAUGGAUGCCAAAUUUGGGAAAAUGUCGCUCCACUCUUUUCUCAAGCCGAAGUAAAAACAAAGGUUAUUGUGACGGAACGGGCUGGUCAUGCAUUUGAUGCAAUGACUUCUAUUACAAGCAGGGAGCUUGCUUCAUAUGAUGGGGUUGUUGCUGUUGGAGGUGACGGCCUAUUUAAUGAGAUCCUAAACAGUGUUCUCUUGUCCAGACAUAAAGCUCCGUAUCCACCAGCCCCACCGGAUCAUGAUCAAACCGUUGAUACCCAUAAUGACAUAGUGGACUCUGGUCCAACCGUAACCAUGGCUGAACCAUUGCCUUCUCGUGAGGAUGAGUCACCGCUCCUGAGUUCAUCACUUGAUGAAUCACAAGUCCCAAAUAUUGCCCAUGAUCCCGAGAUUUCUUUCCCGAAUGAUCAAUUUCGCUUUGGACUUAUUCCUUCCGGGUCCACCGAUGCUAUUGUCAUAUGUACAACUGGAGCUCGAGAUCCUGUGACAUCAGCAUUGCAAAUUAUUAUCGGUAAAAAGUUACGCCUGGAUAUAGCUCAGAUUGUAACAUGGAAAACAUCACAAAUAUCCAAACACGAGCCUCGUGUACGAUAUACAGCUUCAUUUGCUGGGUAUGGUUUCUACGGAGACGUGAUCACAGAGAGCGAAAAAUAUCGAUGGAUGGGGCCAAAACGAUAUGAUUAUGCAGGAACAAAAGUGUUUCUUAGACACAGGUCAUACGAGGCAGAGGUAGCUUUUACGAAAGUUGAACAUGAGAAAACAGAUACACAGGCGAAUGGAAGAAAAUUAAAGACGUUUUGGGGCCUACCAAAGGAUCCCAAAAGGGUUCCGUGUCGCGUCAAUUGUCACAUUUGUAACACAAACCAAACAUCGGACUCGCACCAAGAAUCAAAGUUAGUUACAGUUAAAGGACGGUUUCUUAGUAUUGGUGCUGCGGUCAUCUCAUGCAGAAAUGAAAAGGCGCCUGAUGGCUUGGUUGCCGAUGCACAUCUUUCAGAUGGGUUCUUGCAUCUUAUUUUGAUCAAAGACUGCCCUCGCGCUUUCUAUUUAUGGCACCUCAUGCAACUAGCAAGGAAGGGUGGAAGCCCAUUGGACUUUGAUUUUGUGGAACAUUAUAAGACAACAACGUUCACAUUCACUUCAUAUGGGGAGGAGAGCGUGUGGAAUGUCGAUGGUGAGGUUCUUCUGGCUCACAAACUAUCCGCACAAGUCUUUCGCGGUCUUGUUAAUGUGUUUGCGUCUGGGCCUCAAACAUAGUUUCAUCGAAUAUGAAAUGACAGUAUUACCCUUGUAUUUGAUUCGUAUGUUUGUAAGAUGUAAUAUUACCAAUAUGACAUAACUAGUCACCGACAAUUACUUGAUGGUAGUAAUUGUAAAUAUUGAUUAGUUCAAGGGGCAAUUAUGAUUUCCCUUUAGGUACCAUUAAUAGAGAAUACAUAGAUUUUUUUAUAA